AUGACAUCGAUGGGCACGUUGCAAUAAGCGUAAAAAAGACAUAGAUUAGCAGCGGCAAUUUCAAAACAAAGCAUGAAAACAACUAAACAACUUGCAAGAGAAUUAGGAUUACUAAGAAAAAGAAGUAUAAAUUCCAGUACAAGUAGGAAACCAUCAACAGAUCAAACAUUUCCAUAUUUAGUGGUAUUAGAUUUUGAAUCAACAUGUUGGCAGGAUGGUAAAUUUAGAACUCAGGAAAUUAUUGAGUUUCCUGCAGUAUUACUGAACACUUCUACAGGAAAGAUAGAAAGUGAGUUUCAGUUUUAUGUACAACCACAAGAACAACCAAACCUAAGUGAAUUCUGUAAACAGCUGACUGGUAUAACACAGGAUCAGGUAGACAAUGGUAUUCCAUUAAAUCUAUGUGUCAGGAAAUUUGUACGCUGGCUGGACUCUCUUAAAGAGAAAAAGGGUGUGGUGUUUACACAACCAUCAACAGAAACAGAAAAAUGUCACUUAGCAACAAUAGUCACAUGGUCAGAUUGGGAUUUAGGUGUAUGUUUAUACAAUGAAUUGAGAAGGAAACAGAUAUUAAGACCAUGUCAACUUAAUAGUUGGAUAGAUCUCAGAGCUACCUACAGGAAGUUUUACAGCAGAAAACCAAAUGGUUUAAAUGGAGCCUUGAAGGAUUUGGGUAUAGAUUUUGAAGGACGAGAGCAUUCUGGUCUUCAUGAUUCCAGAAACACAGCAAUACUGGCGUACAGAAUGAUACAAGAUGGCUGUAUACUUAACAUUACCAAAUCACUGAAGGGGUCAAACAUUCCAGGUGGGGAUAAGUACCUCCCAAUAAAGCAACUGACACCCAACAAACAUAAGAUUCACCAAAGGAAACAACCAACACCAUCAAAAAGUCCUGUACAUAAACGCAGAAAGCAGACCGACAUUGCAGAUGAUGAAUCAUGUUUUGAUGACGAUUUGGAUCAUGCCAUAGCUAGCAGUCAGGAAUUAGAUAAUAUUUUAAUAAGUGUUGCCACGGAAACUCCAGAACGUAAGAGAAAGAGCAGAAUUCCUUUAGAAAGGUCUUACUCACCAAAAAUGUUGAUAAGUGAAAUAUCCCCUAUUCAAUAUUCAAAAUCAACCAAGAAAUCACCUUCCCUUCAAAAGUUGACUAAGGUGAAGGUUAAACGAAUUAUUGCAGGGAAAUUUGAUCCCACACAAAUUUACAUUGAUCCUGAAGUUGAAACAAAAGCAUUUGUCAAUGGUCUAAAUUCUACUGGAAACAAUAGACUGGCAGAAGUUAGUGUAAAUGUACCUCUUCCAAAAAGAGUUUCAACAACUAAAAAAAAUAUUUCACCUUUAAAAAUCACUGAAGCAUAUCCACAUUUGUCACCAACGAAACAAAGUUGUCAGAAACCACAAAAUAGUGUCAUAUGGAGCAAUAGUAUUCCAAAGGUCAGAAAAGGAUCACCCCCAAAACAGUCCGGUCAAAAACCUACGGACAGUUUAAGGAGUAGCAACAAUAAAGUUGGAAUUGCUGUGCAAAAAUUUUAUUCAUCUCCUGGAAAAAGUGUGGAGGAAAAGUCCAGUGGAUCUGAGACAACAUUACCUAAACGGACAGUUCAUUCUUGUGAAUCAACUAUAACACCUAACAUUUCAGCACCUGAAUCAAAGAUUGAUAUUACUCCAGGAAAUGGAAAAACUUCAACAUUAUUCCCUGUGUUUAAAACACCAUCGCCCCCGACUGAGGCACUCAAAACACUGUUAGUUAAGGCAUCAUAUUCAAAUACAUCCAAAAGAAAUGUAAAAGAAGUUACAAUGACUCCUUCUAGAACUUUGUCAGUAUAUUCUGAUUCUUUAAAAACACCUGUAAAUACUCAAGGAAAUUGUAGAACUCAAGUUUCUUUGUCAUCAUUUAAAACACCGUCCAGUACUUUAGGAACAUUCAAAACACCAUUCAGUGGACAAGCUAACAAUUCUGUGAACUCUUCAGGAAUGAAAGGGACCCCACCCCUGUGUAAUUGUGGUAAAAGAUCAAAGAGAAGAAUGGCACAGACACCUGGUCCGAAUAUGGGACGAUUUUUCUUUUGCUGUGGAGCGUCCGGAUAUAACAGCUCUGGUAAUCGAAAUGGAUGUGGCUUUUUUAAGUGGGAAAACCCCACUACAAUCAAUGGCAGAAGUCAGAGCUUUACCCAAAAUGGAACUCUUUCUAAACCAUUUGUACCUGUCUUUAGUUCAGCUAAAUCUAGUCAGAAAAAGAGCUUAGGUGUGAGGUCAAAUUCUAUUUCAUCUUUCAGGUAGACUGACAAUGAUUUUUUUUUUAAUUCUGUAAUUCAUUGUGACAAUGAAAAUUAUGUACAAAUUGAAAAAAGUGUGAGUGAGAGGACAAUUUAGAUCAAUGUGCAAUACUUCAAAGAUAAAUUGCUUAAAAACAUUUCAGUUCAAACUAUUGAAAAAUGAGAUUUUCCUCAAGAAUCAAUUUUUCUUACUGUGUAUUCGUUUAUUUUUAUGGGUAAAGAGAGCAUUUGUCUUUGAUUUACAAUUUGGUGUUUAUAUACAUACAAGUCUUUAGAAAAUAUGUUCUCUGUUAAACAUUUAAAUUUAUGGUUUCCCUAUAAAAAAAAAAAUUAGUAUCCCACAAAUAAUAAUGAAUCCACAGUAGUUUGAAAUACGACCCUCUGACAAUUUCAUAAAAUAGCUUAUUCUGAGAAACAAAAGAAUACAAAGCUGUAUAUGUCAGUGUGUUAGGUCUUCCAAAAUAGAUUACAUAAAACAUGUAAAAUUGUUAUUUAAAUUUUUUUUUUUUUAAUUUAUUUAUGAAAUGCACAUUUCUACCCCAAGGAGAUGAAGGCAUAUAUACAAACAAUACUUUAAUAACCUAAUAGGAAAAUGAGAUUUUCAUCUAUAUUAAGUUUUGAAUUAUUUCAGACAAUUUUUGUCGAGCCUUCGACUUUAGUCGAAAAAGCGAGACUAAGCGAUCCUGCAUUCCGUCGUCGUCGGCGGCGUCAACAAAUAUUCACUCUGUGGUUAAAGUUUUUGAAAUUUUAAUAACUUUCUUAAACUAUACUGGAUUUCUACCAAACUUGGACAGAAGCUUGUUUAUGAUCAUAAGAUAGUAUCCAGAAGUAAAUUUUGUAAGAAUAAAAUUCCAUUUGUUCCGUAUUUUACUUUUAAAUGGACUUAGUUUUUUCUGAGGAGAAACAUAACAUUCACUCUGUGGUUAAAGUUUUUAGAAUUUUAGUAACUUUCUUAAACUAUCCUGGAUUUGUACCAAACUUGGAUAGAAGAUUGUUUAUGAUCAUAGGAUAGUAUCUAGAAGUAAAUUUUGUAAAAAAAUAAAUCCAUUUUUUCUGUAUUUUACUUUUAAAUGGACUGCGGGGAUACUUUACAUUCACUCUGUGGUUAAAGUUUUUAAAAUUUUUAUAGCUUUCUUAAACUAUCCUGGGUUUGUACCAAACUUGAAAGAAGCUUAUUUAUGAUCAUAAGAUAGUAUCCAGAAGUAAAUUUUGUAAAAAGAUAACUCCAUUUUUUCUGAAUUUUACUUUUAAAUGGACUUAGAUUUUCUUCCAGUUAGCAUUACAUACAGUCUGCAGUUAAAGUUUUCAAAACAUUUAUAAGAUUCAUUAACUAUCCUAGUUUUUUAUCAAACUUGGACAGAAGCUUCUUACAAUCAUAAGAUAGUAUCAAGAGGAAUAUUUUUAUUGAUUUUUUUCCUCAUUUUGUUUGAGCCUGCGAUUUACAGCAAAAGUAGGCGAGACACUGGGUUCCGCGGAACCCUUACAAAUUUUUAAUAAAAUACAUUUGUCAUGUCUUCCUAUCAGUGUUCUUCCUCUUAACAAUAUCACCAUCUGAUUAGCAUUGUGGUACUAUGUGCUGUUAUUGUUCUAAUCCUUACAAUUUCAGUAUUCUAUUGGAUUCCUGAUAGUUUCAUGAACAUAUUAAAGUCUAAGUUUCAUAUCUGUCAUGUACAAUGCAACUUUUACAGAAAAUUCCUUUGGUGAACACUACAUAAAAUACUUAUUCAGCUAAGAAUUUAUCCAGAAAAAUAAAUUUUAAAUAAUUAAAUGCCACCAUAAA